UGCAGAUCACAGUGUGGAAUGAAUGUCAACAAUGGCCUACUGAAUGAAGCCUUUGUCUGACUACUCAUCCUGAAUUUCAUUCCGCUGCUCCAUGAUAGCUCCAUACAUUCAUCAUGGAGAAGAAACGCGAGUUUGACCGGAGCGAUCCGGCUACGGAAGCCUUGCCUACUCCUAUUCAACGUAUGCUAGUGAAGAUGAUGUGGGUUCUACUUUUAGUGGCAUUCCUGAACACUGGAGCGGUCCAGUGUCAGAGAUCCUCGCUGAAAGACAGUAAAAGACUGGACCCAGAGGUCAACAUGAACAUUAGUGAGAUCAUCAGGCAUUGGGGCUACCCGACAGAGGAGCACGACGUCGUCACAGAGGACGGCUACAUCCUGAGUGUCAACCGGAUCCCACACGCUCUGAAGAAAGGUGACGAUCCCAAGCCUGCAGUGUUCCUCCAGCACGGUCUCCUGGCCGCGGGGAGUAACUGGGUGACCAACCUGCCCAACACCAGCCUGGCUUACCUGCUAGCCGACGCUGGCUACGACGUCUGGAUCGGCAACAGCAGGGGAAACACCUGGUCCAGGAGACACCUCACACUCAGCCCUGACCACAAUGAGUUCUGGCAGUUCAGUUAUGAUGAGAUGGCAAAGAAGGACCUGCCAGCAGUGGUCAACCACAUUCUGAAGACCACAGGCCAGGAGCAGAUCUACUAUAUCGGCCACUCUCAGGGAACCACUAUUGCUUUUGUUGCAUUCUCUUCCAUGCCUGAGCUGGCAAGCAAAAUCAAGAUGUUCUUCGGCCUGGCUCCAGUGGCCACUGUGGCUUUCACUGCCAGCCCCAUGAGCAAGCUCUCCAUCUUCCCUGAUUUCCUCAUUUGGGAUGUGUUUGGGAAGAAGGACUUCAUGCCUCAGAGUGCUCUCAUCAAGUGGUUCGCCACCAACGUCUGCAGUAAGAAACCUCUUAGUGAGCUGUGUGGAAACCUCUUCUUCGUCCUCUGUGGCUUCGAUGAGCUGAACCUCAACAUGACUCGCACACCUGUGUACACCUCCCACUGCCCAGCAGGGACCUCAGUGCAGAACAUGAUUCACUGGUCUCAGGCAGUGCAUGGUGGAAAGCUGAUGGCUUAUGACUACGGGAGAGCAGGGAACAUGGCUCAUUAUAACCAGUCGACCCCCCCGCUGUACAACAUCCAGGACAUGAAGGUGCCUACAGCCUUGUGGUCCGGAGGUCACGACACCCUGGCUGACCCUAAGGACGUUGCCGUGCUGCUCAACCAGGUCCCCAACCUGGUGUACCACCGCCACAUUGAGCACUGGGAACAUCUGGACUUCAUCUGGGGUCUGGACGCCCCCCAGGAGAUGUACAGUGAGAUAAUCAAACUGAUGAGUCAGCAGGACUUGGUGUGAACAGUGGAUUGACAGGGAGAAAUAUGGCCCGUUUUAGCCUCAGCUCUCAGCACACUAGCUGAAGAGACUUUAAUACUGUAUCUGAAACAUAUUGGGAGACAUGUCACAGCGCCUGGGUGCGAGUGUGUACACGUUUGUGUGUUUGACUAUAAGCAUGUGUAAAAGCGAGUAUUCGCGUGUGUGAGUAAGCCAUGCUCUCAAGGAGCAAUAAUCAUUUACCUCUAAAUUGGGAUGGUGAGGAAAACAAGCUGUGAGUUUAGGAUUCAGUGUUGUGAGGAAUCCUCUAUUUUGUGAUUUUACUACCACAGUCCUCUCUUUCAGAACACUUGAAUGGAUUUUAAUGUCCGUAAAACAAAAUAAUGUAACCUUUAACUAGGUAAGUCAGUUAAGAACUAAUUCUUAUUUACAAUGAUAGCCUACUGGGGAACAGUGGGUUAACUGCCUUGUUCAGGGGCAGAACGACAGAUGUUUACCUUGUCAGCUUGGGGAUUCGAUCCAGCAACCUUUCCGUGACUGGCCCAACUCUCUAACCACUAGGCUACCUGCAGGUUAUGAAUGUAGCUUAAGUCAUUGGUACAUUAUCAUGAGAAAGGUCCGGGGUCCAGUUCAACAUACAGUACCUCUCUCUACAGAACUUGCACUUUUCAAACUGUCAUCACCAGGACUUUAUUGCGGUGUUGUGUUGGUUAAUGUUGCUGUGCCUUUUUUAAUCAAACACAUUCAAUUUGUGUUUACCUGUCCCUACUGACACUUGUCAUUUUGUUACAGAGAUGAAGUAUUUUUAUUGGAUCUUAGGUAAGGAAGGGAGCCGACCAAAGAAUGACUGAUGUGUUUGUUCAUUCAUUUUCUACUUCCGUUGUGUUAGAACACUUAUGUAUGCUGCUUUUUAAUGUAUCCAACUACUCAAUAAAAAUUCAUUCAAUCUGUUGUACAAUUCAA